UUUGCUCCUACGGGCUGUAGAUGGAGCUGUCCGGCCUCGGCGAGGGGGAAGGAGGCUGGGAACCGCUCCUCCCUUCGCUGGCCGGCCUGAGAGGGGAACAGGACUCCCAGGAUGCAGUUUGUGUCAACACGGCCGCAGCCCCAGCAGCUGGCCAUCCAGGGCCUGGGACUGGACAGCGCGAGCUGGAGCUGGGCCCAGGCGCUGCCCCCCGACGAGGUCUGCCCCCCGGAGCCCGGCGCGCCGCGAGCAGGGGAGAUGGCCGAGGGCAUUCCUCCCAUGCAGGCUCAAGAAUGGGACAUGGACACCAGACGUCCAAUGCCCUUUCAGUUUCCUACCUUCCCAGAGAGGGCACCUGUUUACCCUGACCGAAUGAUGAGGGAGCCCCAGUUGCCCACAGCUGAGAUCUCCCUCUGGACUGUGGUGGCUGCCAUUCAGGCUGUGGAGAGGAAGGUGGAUGCCCAGGCCAGCCAGCUUCUGAACUUGGAGGGGCGGACAGGGACGGCAGAGAAAAAGCUCGCUGAUUGUGAGAAGACAGCAGUGGAGUUUGGGAACCACAUGGAGAGCAAAUGGGCCAUGCUGGGCACCCUACUCCAGGAGUAUGGGCUGCUCCAAAGGAGACUGGAAAACAUGGAGAAUCUGCUGAGAAACAGGAACUUCUGGGUCCUCCGCCUCCCCCCAGGCAGUAAAGGCGAGGUCCCUAAGGUGCCUGUGACCUUUGUCGAUAUAGCCGUUUACUUCUCUGAGGACGAGUGGAAGAAUUUGGACGAGUGGCAGAAAGAGCUUUACAAUAACCUCGUGAAGGAGAACUACAAAACCCUAAUGUCUCUAGGUGCUGAGAAUCCAGUGCCCAAGUCAGAUGUCCAGUCUCGGGUGGAACCUAGGGAGGAACCAUGUGUAUGGGAACAGCAUAAUCCAGAGGAGAGAGAAAUUCCAAUGGAUCCUAACACAGCUAUAGAAGCUCUGAUCCAAGCACCAGCUGCUUCCUCUCAGGUAAAGAGGGAAGAACCACUGUGUUCCAGAGUUCAGAAGUGCUCAGAUGAAAGAGAAAUUGUUGCAGACACUGUGACAGACUCACCAAUUUCUACCCAGGACAUCUUAUCUCGGAUUAAGCAGGAGGAGCAACAUUGUGUGUGGGAUCAGCAAGAUUUGGAGGAAAGGGACAUUCCCACAGAUCCCAAUUCAGAAUCUCUGAUUUCAGCACAUGAUAUCCUAUCAUGGAUAAAACAGGAAGAGGAGCCAUAUCCUUGGGGCCCACCAGAUUCAAUGGAAAGGGAUAUGGCUAUUGAUGCAAGUGCUGGUGAUGGGCUGCUAAUGGUCAAGAAUUCUACCUUACCUGUACCCCAGCACCAGUCCCACCAACAAAAUAUCACCCCACUCCCUGGCACUGAGAAUCCAGGUGGGGGGGCAAGCCGGGGAGUUGUGGGGAUGCUAGAUGAUCUUUUCCCAAUGGUCCCAAGGGAACGGGGCCUUUGUGAAGGCCUCCAUAGUCCUCCAGGGAGCCCCACAGGUGAGAGUGGUGCUGGUGAUGGUAGCAGCAUAACAGGUGAGCAUCAGCGGAGUCACUUCCUCUCCCCUGGACAAGACAAAUCACACUUCUGUCUUCAGUGUGGCAAGACGUUUGAUGUUCGGAAGAGUUUGAUGAUUCACCACCGGAGCCACACCAAAGAUCGGCCUUUUGAGUGUGCUGAAUGUGCAAAGAGCUUCAAUUGCCACUCAGGUCUGAUCCGCCACCAGAUGACCCACAGAGGUGAGCGUCCCUACAAAUGCUCUGAGUGUGAGAAGACAUAUAGCCGCAAAGAGCACCUUCAGAAUCAUCAACGUCUACACACUGGGGAGCGUCCUUUCCAUUGUGCCCUGUGUGGCAAAAGCUUCAUCAGGAAGCAAAAUCUGCUUAAACACCAGCGCAUCCACACAGGCGAGCGACCCUACCAGUGUAGUGAGUGUGGCAAGAGUUUCCGAUAUAAGGAGUCACUCAAGGACCAUCUUCGGGUGCAUAGCGCCAGUCUUGGGACCUCUCGGCCCCACCAGGCACUGGAACGGGACUAGGCCAGUGCUGAGGGGUGGGGGUGGGAUAUGGGGGGAGAGGGAGGGGGAAUCUGGUGAUAGAAUGAGGUUGGAGGGAAGGUGGGAGGGUUGAAACCCUCUGGGGAAACACAGGACAGGAAACCAGAUAAGAGAACUACAAAUUACUAGUAACUCUCCCCCUCCUCGUGCCCCUUUACGUGGUCCUCGGGUUUGGGGACCUUAAUUGCACUCCACAUCAGCCCCUUGAAAGCUGGGCAAGGAUGUUUGAUCCAUCCUGCCCAGCUUGAAUGGAGAGCUCAGGUCUUCACUCACCCACUGGACCAUGGACCAAAGGGGCUGACAGUAGAACCCUACCCAAGAGUUGGGAACAGUUUCAGAAGGUGAUGGUGCAGAAGUCUUAGACUGAACACCUGUAAAUUAGGAAUGGUUGGUGCUACUGGGCCUGAGUCAGCUCUCAACCCCACCUGUGCUUCUCAAUCCUAACCAGGUGAGGGAUAGGGAGGGGACCCUCCCAUUGCUCCUUCCUUGAUUGGAUGCAUUGAUCCAGAGCAAGGGAAGCAGUGAACCCAGGAUUAUGUGGAGCAGCAUUGAGCCCAAGGGUGGUGAGCCAGGGAUUCUCAGGGCCCAUCCAGGCCUGAAGGGACAAUCAUUUAUACUGCAGGUAGGAGAGUCCCUACAGAAAAAAGGGAGACAGAAAGGAAUGGGAUCUAUAAUGGUAGCACCACCUUGUCUUUGAAUAGUGCUUUAAACGUUCACAAAGCACUUUCUAGGCUCUUUCCUCCUUUCACCUUCACCGCCUCCUUCUUUGUUCACUGGAUCAGAUACCCCAGAUCUUCCCCUUUGCUGGUGAUGGAUCUUGAGUCAAGAUAGCCUUAUGCCCUUUUGACAGAUAAGGAAACUGACCCACAGGGAGACUAAGCAACUUACUUGAAGUCACAAAGAAGGACCAGAACUCAGAUCCUCCCGACUUCUAGUCUAGUGCCUGUGCUGUUCCACCAUACUGUCCUACCUCAGUCAUGUGAGCACAUGCUUCAGCCUGGUCCUCUCCUGCCCACCCUCCUUAGGACCAACAAGGAGUGCUUGUGGUUACAUGUUGUAGGUGGGGGAAAUAGGAAGGCAGAUGGCUCACAUUGUGCUCCAUCCCAUGGCUGAAGAUGAUGUUGCUGCAAUUUGUGCAAAUCUCACUGAGCUCUUGAGGGAGGAAAAGCUGGGGCCUACCUCCUUCCUCAAGACCUGAUAGAGCUGCAUCUUGUUUUGAUUGCAUGAGAAAAAGGGGCUAGCACUUCCCUGGAGUCAGAUCUUGUCCUGCCGAAGGGACCAAAACUGAUUUAAUCCAGCUUCUCAAGGGAGCAGGAUAGUAAAGAGGAAUGAGAGUUGUGAUGCCAGAAGGAUGGGCAGACUCUUCCCAAGAGUCAAGUAGGUGCCAGCUGAGGUUCUGAGAUGCCUUGACUGUGGUUCCUCCCUCGCCCCUUAACCCCUGGGCUCUCUUAAUUGGUGCUAUCUGUACAGUUGAAGACAGUUAUGGGUAUUGAUCCUAACGUGUCAUGGUGCCUGGUGAGCGUUUUUUGGUUGUUGUUGGAUUUGUUUUUGUUUUUGUUUUUUUUUAGAGAGCGCCACCUGACUCCCUUUUUUUAUGUGUGCAUCUAUUAUGUGGCCCCAGGGCCUUAACUCCCCAGGGGCCACAUUCUUUGUGUCUGUGUGUCUGCAUGGCCCUACCAAAAAAAAAAAAAAUAAAAAAAAAUUUAGGCCACUGAGGGUGGGAUGAAGUGCCCUGGGGCUCUCCAUGCAUUUAUUUAAAAAAAAAAUUACUUCUUUUCCCUCCCUUGCACUCUGACCCCUGCUACUCUCCCACUUUGGAAGGGAUUUGCCUGUGGAGCAGCAAUGAGAAGGCAGCCCUCCAUGCCAUCCCUUUUGAACUCACAGCUUCUGAACCUUUUCCUUAUCUUUUUAGCUUCUCCUAGACCCCCAAAAUAAAAGGGGGUGUCCAGAUUACAGGUGAUGGAACACUGACUUGUUCACAGUGCUGGAACUUUCUUCAGUUUGGCUGCAUAUAGCAAAACUCAAUUAGAAUCCAGUUUUAUCAGAAGUUGCUUUUUUUAAUUGUUUGCUUUUGCUAUGUUCCAAUUUUAAUUAAAAAAAAAAAGAUAACUCAAGCUGAGAUAGGAAUGUUGUUACAGAAUAGUCACAGAAUGUUGGAAGUGGAAAAGGGACUUUAGGGAUUAUCUUGUCCAGCUAUCAUUUUAUAGGAAGUAAAUUGAGGCCCAAGUAAAUUGAGGACUUAAAGUCACAAACUGAGUUAGUGUCAGGUCUGGGACAAGAACUGAAGUCCAGUGAUCUCUCUCCCAAAUCAUACGGUACCACCAAAUGGUAGUAUAUCUUUUGGGACCAGUCUAUACUUAGCCCUAUCACCUCUGUCAGUGGCAGUUUCUAAGCCUGGAAAAUGACUGAUGUUCAGAAUGUUACUCCUAAAAUCUGCAAGAUAGAUUGUACUCUUGCCCCACACCUCCCUGUACUGAGAGAUUUUUAAUAAGGAUUACAAUUUUUUAAAAAGGGAGUUUCUACUUAAACUCCAGUUAACAAGAGUAUUUAUUGAGGGUUACCUAUUUCCCCAAUAAUCUGGUUUAUCAAGCUUUGAUCUGAGAAUGAAUUCCCAGACCUUUCACCAGUCCUACUGCACCCCCUCCCCUUCUCAUUAAUCCUGGACAAUCCUAGCCAGUGCAGAAUCUAGAAUUACCUAGAAAAGUGGUUCUCAAAGUAUGUUCAAGGGACACCUCAUAAGAUCCUUUUGUGGGUUUAUGAUAUAAAAUACUUUAAUACUAUGAUUUUUUUAUUUCAAUGCUAUUUGUAUUUCAAUACAAAACACUUUAAUACUAUGAUUUUUGAUUUUUAAAAUGGUAUAAAUAUCAAUAAGUAUAAGAACUCAGCUCUUUUGAGGGGUCCUUAAUAAUUUUUAAGAAUGUAAAGGGUUCCUGAGGCCAGAAAAUUUGAGACCCACUGAUUGAGAAAAGCCUUUUUCACAAUUGUGCUCAUCGACUGGAUUCAACUUACUGAAAUAGCUUUUUUGUAGAGCACAUGAAAUGGGGGAAGUUCUAUAUGUCCUCAGCCACAAAAAGAUAAUGAUCACUUUCCAACUAAUGAGUCAGACACAACAGUCUGAAAAUGUCUUGGUUUUCCUUUAGCCAAUUUGAGGCCAGAUGGUGGUAAGAAGAGGUCUCGGGAGAGUAGUUGAAUAAAGAAAAAAACUGAAAAUGGCCAAGUGUCAUUCAGUAAAUAUUGAGUACUUGUUAUGCUUGGGAUACAUUCUAGGCACUGUGGAAUAUAUGGCAAUGUGAAGGAUAUAAUCUGCUCUCCAGGAGAAAUUAAUGGGAGAAAUUAAAUGGGUGUACAAAUAGCCACACUACAAAGCAAUUACAAUUGGCACAGAUUUCUUAUUUGAAAGACUGUCAUGUUAGGGAUAAGACUUGUUUUGUUUGGUCUCAGGAGUCAGAGGGAGACACGGUGGGUAAAAAUUACUGAGAAAAAACUUUCUAAUAAUUAGAGCUGUCCAAAAGUAGAAAUGGAGUCUUCAGGUAGUCUGGAUGACUGGCAUCUGGGACAUUGAAGAAGAGAAUCCUGUUCAGUACAAUUAGGCCUGGAAACUGUCAGGUUCUUUCUUACUGGGAGAUUCUAUGAUUCUAAGUGGAUUGCAGAAGGAAUUGCUUGAGUAAUUUCUCCUCCUUCUUUUUUCUCCCCACAAAAGGUCACCCCCAAAAAAAAAUUGGUUGAGGCAUUCUAACUAAAGAAUCAAUUCAAGGAAGGGUUUACUGACUUGAUACCUAUUCUGUCCUAUGCUAAGCCUUUUGGAAACAAGGGAAAACAAAAGUCUCUGCUAUUAUAGAUCUUACAAUUUAGUGAGAGAGAGAAGCCAUAUUUAGGCAACAAGAUAACAAAACAAUGUAAUGAGGGCCAAAUGAUAUAGCAUGUUUAAAAAUUCAGAGGAAGGAAAAAAUAUCACUGACUAGCAUGGUUAGGGAAAGCUUCAUGAAGAAAAUGAACUUGAACUGAGUCUUGAAGGAUAGCUAGAUUUGGAUGGGUGGAGAUGAGUGGGGAUAUUUGGGGAGAAUAAGAUGUACAAAAGUAGGAAGGGGAAAUGUAUGAUUUCUUGGGAGAGAAAGCGAGGAUAUCAGUCUUGCUCAUCAGAAAAAAAAGUGGAAAAUUAGAAAGGUAGAUGGGGGCAGAUCAUAGAAGAUAUUUGGUGCCACACAAAGAAAUUCAGACUUAAUGUGUAGUCAGUAGGGAGCACAAGAAGAUUCUAGAAAAAGUGAUGUGAUAUUCAAACAGUGUCUAGAUAAAAUUAGCAAAAGCAGAAGAUUCCAGAUUCCAGAUCCAACUGAAAUGGAUCUUAGAGAAUAUCUAAUCCAAUCCUGAUUAAUGUGACCUUAGCUAAGAAUUUAUUCCCUCUUACAUCUUGACUAUUCCAUAAAGAACAAAAGGUAAAUAUAAUAUAUUCCUGACUACAGGCCAGAUAAAUCUUUGCCUUCAUAGACUCACAGAUUCUGAGUGGGAAGAGACCUUAGAGGUCAGAAUUCCCUUGACAAUAUAACCCACAAAUGGUUAUCUACCCACUGCUUGAAGACUACAGUGAGGGAUCCAGGAUCUCCAGAGGCAGCCCAGUCACUUUUGGAUAGCUCUGAUUUUAGAAAUAAUCGAAAUUGUAAUAGUAAGGCACAACCUGUUCUUGCAAGGUAGAAUCAUGAUAAGUAUUCUAGAACAUUAGGGGUGUUAAUCAUCUGGGGAGUAGGUCCUCUCCCAACAGGGUGGCAGUCUGUGAGAAAGUGUACCCCUUCAUGUAUGGGGAGUCUGAGAGUGAUUCAAUGACUUGAUUUUCCCUUGUUAUUUACUUUGCUCUUCUGUCUUAAUUAAAUGCUUUGCUAUUUGA